AUGAGCUCUGUAGUUAAAGAUAUGCUUGGAAUUUCUCCAAACCUGAAGAUGGUUUCUCUUAUGAAAGAAAAAUUAAAAUAUGAUACCUCUUCAUUACUCAAUACAAAGAAAGAUAAAAAUUUAAGAGAUUCUAUGGUUAGUAUCCCUAUUCAAGCUUUUUCUGCAACAAAUUUGGCAAAUAAGAAAUCUGCUAGAUGGAAGUGGGCAACUUUCAGCAAUCCUGCACGUUAUGAUCAACUUUCUUUAAAGCAUUGGGUCAAAGUGACAUCUGAAUAUUUACCUAAUAUUGAAUCUAACACAAAUUUUACUUUGGAUGAUAGUACUAAGACUCCAUCAAAUAAAGAGACUGUUAAUAAUUCCCAAUCUAAGAUCUUGAUAAAUAAUUCAGCAAGCAAAGAUAGCACAAUCACACAAAGCAACUGUGCAAACGAUAAUGCAGGUCAAUAUUUUUUCUCGAAGUUCAAUAAACAUGUGACUGUAUAUUCAUAUCAGCCAGAGCAAUAUACGAAAUUUAUAAAAGAUUUAGAUAAUGACUGGACUGAAGAGGAUACUUCCAUACUCUUCAAUCUAUGUAGAGAUUUUGAUCUUAGAUUUAUCAUCAUACAUGAUAGAUAUAAUCCCCCAUCAGGAAGACAAAGGACUUUAGAACAAUUAAAGCUUCGUUACUAUUCAGUUUCUAGAAAGUUGGUUGAAGUCAAUUUUGAUAUGAAACGUAGAGCUCUUGGAAAUUCCCCAGAUCCAGCUCUUCUAACAGCUCUUAAAGAAGAGAGGAGUCGUCAUCCAUAUAUUAGGUUUAUGUAUAAUUUUGAAGCUGAUAAAAAUCGAAGACACUUCUUAAGCUCUAACUGGAAAGAAGUGGGGAUUAAAAAAGAAGAAAGGAUUUUACUGGAGGAUAUACAACUAAGAGCACAAAACUCUAAUAACAGAAAAGCAACGCAGAAUACACAAGCAAUAGGCAACUUGUUAGAUUUAGGAAAUGUGGAAGAUGAAGAGGAGUUUAUAUUAAAUCAGAUUAAAAGUAUAGGUAGUUUUGGAAUGAAAAAAAGUGGUGUUACAACAGCCGGGACAUUGUGCUAUCAACAUACAUCUGCUCUACCUAGAAAGCACUCUUCUGAGAUUGAGGGAUUUCUACGCCACUUCAAACUUGAUACCUAUCCAUUACCUUAUUUAGAUUCAACUAUUGCUGAACAAUAUGUUGCAGUAAGGUGUGACCUUGCAAUCUUAUUUUCUGUAAGGAAAAAGUUGCAGCGAUUGAAUUCACUAAAAAAUGCAUGGCAAGAGAAGUUGCGAAAUGCAACUCUUCACUCUGAUGAACAGGGAAUAUCUCAAAUUGGUGAUGUUGAUGAAAAAGGAAGAUUUACUAGCCAAACUACGCGGAAUGCAACUUAUUCUUCAGUUGGUAUAUCUCCCUCAACUACUACUCCGAGAAGUAUCAGCUAUAAAACUAAAACCAAAACUUCUAGAAUUAUUCAGGAUGCAAACAUGUUAUCACCUGUUCCAUCUUCUGCUACCCUAUCUACAAGUGGACAAACAUUUUCUCACUCAGUUGAUCCACUACGUCGCGAUACAGAAUCAAGUGAUAAACCAAAAAAGAGGUCAAAAGUUCAUAUUAGUAAACAGCAUACUUCUUCAGAAACUAUAAAUGAACAAAUAGGAUCUACCCAAAUAACUAUUGGUCAGUCUACACAAACAGCGGCACUUACAGUGAAUAACGAUGGAGUAAGUCAUUAUUUGAUAAGCUCAGAAUCAAGUGAUAACUUUAGAAACGUCUAG